AAUCACUGUCCCUUGACUCUCCGCUUGACUCCAACUCAUCUUGAUCCUCGAUCCCACAUCCCUUUGGCCUCGAUCGGAGGCAGUUCAGUCGUUUGUCGCCUUUACCAUGAAGGCUUGCUGAUCCAUCCACAUCCGUGAUGUAUUCGGCUUACCGUGGCCUUCUGGCCCCCUUACUCUCCAUCUAUAUCGCCGCUCUCUGCCUGCUCGCUCCGGGAAACGCCUACCAGGCCAUCUCCGAUGCGACCCUCGAAUCCCUUCCUCGUCCGAACGAGGAUUUCGAUAUCCAUAACGGGGCCAUCCUAUCCCCAAUCUUGCGGACCCGCGUUUCUGGAACCCCCGGGUCGACUGCGGUUCUGAAUCACUUCGCCGACUUCUUCCGGACUUCUCUCCCCAACUGGAAGAUCGAAUUCCAAAACUCGACAUCCAAGACCCCUGUGUCUAAUGGGAAAGAGGUUCCCUUUGUCAACUUCAUCGCGUCCCGCGACCCUCCGUGGGCGGCUGCUGGCGAUGUCGGGAGACUGACUCUCGUCGCCCAUUACGACAGCAAAUACGAGCCGGAGGGAUUCAUCGGGGCCAUUGACAGCGCAGCCCCUUGCGCGAUGAUCAUGCACGCUAUGCGAAGCAUCGAUACGGCUUUGACAAAGAAGUGGGAGGACAUGCGGGCACAAGGCCGUACAAACCCCCUGGAUGAGCAGAAGGGCAUCCAAGUCUUCUUUUUGGACGGCGAGGAGGCUUUCAAGACAUGGUCGGACACCGAUUCCCUCUAUGGUGCGCGAUCUCUCGCCGAGCAGUGGGAUUCGGAAGUCAACCCCGCCAUGUCUGCCUACAAGACUCCUCUGUCCUCGAUCUCUCUGUUUGUCCUCCUGGAUUUGUUGGGCUCCAAAAAUCCCACGAUUCAGUCCUUCUUUCCCACAACGCACUGGGCCUACAAGAAAUUGGCAGCACUAGAGCACCGUCUGCGGGGUCUCAAGCAGUUCAAGUCUUCUGGCGAUUCUGGCGAUGCCUCCUCCCGGGCAUGGUUCCCGCACGCGUCGAAAAAUGAGCACGAAAUCCCUCACUUCUCCAGCAUCCAAGAUGAUCAUAUUCCUUUCAUGAAACGCGGGGUGGAGAUCCUCCAUGUCAUCGAUGCGGGUCCCCACGGAUUCCCGGCGGUCUGGCAUCGCAUGGAGGACGACGGCGAACAUUUGGACAUGGACACGGUGGAAGACUGGAGCUUGUUGUUUACUGCGUUCGCUGCGGAGUGGAUGGAGCUGGAAGGGUUCAUGCCUGGGGCUGAAACGACCCCUGGCAAGAACAAGCGCUCUGGCAGCUAUCAGGCGAAGACUGAAUUGUAAGCAUUGUCUAAUCUAUUGAAUUGACGUGGCCUGGGCCAUGGACUAUAUACAUCUAUACUGGAUACUUUAUGUGGGCUGUGCU